UCUAUCAGCAUGUCGUUCGCCGUGAUUUUGGCAGCUUGUCAAACAUACUGGUUGGUUGAGUAUGAAACGAAGGGAGAAGCAUCCUUGAAGGCGUCUGCGGAUUGCAGAGCCAGAGCGGCUGCACUCAAAUACCUCAACAGCAUGGCGAUAUGUGUAAAUGGAGUCUAAUCCAGCUCCUUGUCGCGUUCGCCCUCGACCUUCUGACGUUGUUACCCAUCACGCGCACGGAUCCCACUUCAGCCGCGGCAGAUCCCGUGCUUCCCUUCGCCAGCUAUCUCGAACUGGCCUGCUACACCUUCACCAGUCCGACCACCGAGUCCGUACAGCCAAUCAUGAAACCUGCAGACGUUGAUGGAGCUGUACCCGUCAGGCCAAGCCCUCCCACGCCAGAGCGACUAACACCUGAGCAAGUAUACGCUCAUGCCAAGGCAGAGCUUGAACGGCUCGUUGAUCUAGUCAAACGAGAGCGAAUAGGACUUCUAGAGAUACCAGCCUCGGAUACUGCUAGCAGUCUCGUCGACAUAGAGCAAGUUUUAGAUGACUCGGAAAUACAGACUUCCUGGAUGCAGGCUUUACUUAGGAAUCACUUUCAAGAACACCUGCAGAACGAAGACCCCACGUCCGAGGAGUAUAGACAAGUAGUAGAGGCUCUGGACAGUUCUGAAUAGAUCUUCAGGCAAGUAGCUACUGCUCGUAAACAGCUGCCCAGCCGUCAAUUAUAUUGCGGUGAAUUGCAACCACAGUUUCGCUGUCUGGGGGCUCAAGACUGUCGCCAAGGCGUGCAUGACAGUGUUGCCACAGAACAAGGAUACUCCUGAUGCCACGUCUGGUACGUUUCCUCCAUGUUUUGGUCAACCCACAUAUCAGCGCUCCUGCACCAAGCAAUAUAUCGCAAUCGACGACCGAUCAAAGGAACCUAUCACGGCCAAUGAGAUACCUGCUAGUCGAGUCGAAGUUCCCUACCCAGA